CCACUACUUCACCACCAAGCCAAAGCACGUACUACACAUAGCAGUCCUCUUAAUAACCAGCUAAAGCAUACCUGUACUCAUCUCAUCGUCGAGAUCAUUAAGCAAAAUGGCGGCUAAUCUCAAGUGGCCUCCUGUUCUGGCCCUUCUCCUCGUUGCCGGAAUGGCUGGCAUCGCCAGUGCUGGCAAUAUCGCCGUGUACUGGGGCCAGAACGGCGGCGAGGGCUCCCUGGCCGACGCCUGCAACUCCGGAAACUACGCCUACGUCAUCAUCGCGUUCCUCAGCACCUUCGGCAAUGGACAAACCCCCGUCCUUAACCUCGCCGGACACUGUGACCCCAGCUCCCCCGGCAGCUGCACCUUCCUGAGCUCCGAAAUCCAGACGUGCAAGUCACAGGGCAUCAAGGUGCUCCUCUCCCUCGGCGGCGGCGGCGGCAACUACGGCCUGUCCUCCACCGACGACGCCAACAGCGUGGCCAACUACCUGUGGGACUACUACCUGGGCGGCAGCGGCUCUCCCCGCCCGCUGGGCGACGCCGCGCUGGACGGCAUCGACUUCGACAUCGAGAACGGCAACUCGGCGCACUACGACGACCUGGCGAACGCGCUCAAGGCUAAGGGUAGUGUGAUGCUGACGGCGGCGCCGCAGUGCCCCUACCCGGACGCGUCGCUGGGGCCGGCGCUGCAGACGGGGCAGUUCGACAACGUGUGGAUCCAGUUCUACAACAACCCCGGGUGCUCGUACGCCAACGGAGACGACACCAACCUGGUGAACGCGUGGAGGACGUGGACAAGCAGCGUCACGGCCGGGAGCUUCUACCUUGGCCUGCCGGCAUCCAACGACGCCGCGGGCAGCGGGUACAUCGCGCCCGGCGACCUGACGGGGAAGGUGAUCCCCGACAUCCAGAGCAUCGGCAGCUAUGGCGGGAUCAUGCUGUGGAGCCGCUUCUACGACGUGCAGAAGAACUACAGCGGCCAGGUGAAGGGCAGCGUCUGAGCAGAUGCACGAAGCUUCGAGCUACUGCAGACGAACGUGUUACAGUGGUUAUCCGUUAUAAGCUAUAACAUCGGAAUAAAUACAAUAAUAAGAGCGGAUCAUCAGGUGACAAAGAUGGAAUCUGCUAUACACACCGCAUAGUAUAGUAGCUACCAUGCACGUACUAGUAUAUGUGCACGCUUAUGAACUGGCUAGUAUGUAAGAGUAGUAGAGUUUGUGUUAUACCGGAUGAAUAAAAGUUGAAUGGCAAUAUGUUAUAUUACAAAAUGACCACA